GUAUGGACCUAUUUGAGUACCGGAGCCCUCUAUGUCAGCCUACUGUUGAAUAGAGAAUAUGUGUUUUCAAGGACUGUUGUGCAUAGUAACAACCAAUCUAACUCCCGCUACUUUCUGCCGGUUUUAGAGAGGAAAAAAAAAGGAACUACAUCUCCCAGAAACCUCCAUGAAUAGUCUAACCUUGCGUAGUAACGUAGUCCUUCGCCGCGUUUGGGCAAAAUAAUCCCUUAAUUUCUCUGAAGGAAUCGGGAAUAUUCCGUUUUUCUCCUCACGGGAAGAAUUUUAAAUUUUACUGCGUUAAGAGAAGCUAACUAUGGAAAGGCGGUUAAGCGAUUAGGUAACAAGAAAGAAAGGACAUAAAAAUAAAGUGCUGCGGAGGAAUUUUUGGCAAGCUGAGAGACGACGCCGUGCGAAGAGUGAAGGCGAUUGAGAGGGGCUGAGGGAAUUCUCUGUACGAGGGACUUUCUUUAGGUCUCAGGCCCCUGUUUGUCUCUGUCGUCAGCAGAGAGAUGGAAAGCUUGAUGACUAGUUCUACCCUGCCACCCCUUUUUGCAGAUGAAGAUGGUUCCAAGGAGAGUAAUGAUCUGGCUACAACUGGGUUAACCCACCCAGAGAUUCCUUAUAGUAGUGGAGUCACAACAUCCACCAACAAUUCAGAAUUUGUGGAGGAUCUCUCUCAAGGUCAGUUGCUUCAGAAUGAUUCUUCAAAUACAGCAGAAGUUAAUGAACAGAGACAUGAAGAUGAGCAAAGAAGUAAACGAGGAGGUUGGUCCAAAGGAAGGAAGAGGAAGAAACCUCUUCGAGACAGCAAUGCACCAAAAUCACCCCUUACAGGAUAUGUUCGAUUCAUGAACGAGCGUCGAGAACAACUUCGAGCAAAGAGACCAGAGGUCCCAUUUCCAGAAAUCACAAAGAUGUUGGGCAAUGAAUGGAGUAAACUGCCUCCUGAGGAAAAACAGCGCUACCUUGAUGAAGCAGAUAGAGAUAAAGAACGUUACAUGAAGGAACUGGAGCAGUAUCAGAAGACUGAAGCCUACAAGGUCUUCAGUAGGAAAACCCAGGACCGUCAGAAAGGCAAAUCUCAUAGGCAAGAUGCAGCCCGACAGGCCAUUCAUGAUCAUGAGACUACCAAGACCUCAGAGAUCCUCUCAACCUGCCCUCUCAUUUUGCUGGUGAGGAACAUGACUUAUCUAAUGAAAGAAACAGAGGUAAAGGAACGGUCUGUUUUUGACAUCCCUAUAUUUACAGAGGAAUUCCUGAACCACAGCAAAGCUCGGGAGGCAGAGCUCCGCCAGCUUCGCAAAUCUAACAUGGAGUUUGAGGAAAGAAAUGCAGCCCUGCAAAAGCACGUGGAGAGUAUGCGCACAGCAGUGGAGAAGCUGGAGGUGGAUGUGAUCCAGGAGCGAAGCCGCAACACAGUCUUACAGCAGCACUUGGAGACCCUGCGGCAAGUGUUGACCAGCAGCUUUGCCAGCAUGCCCUUGCCUGGAAGUGGAGAGAUACCUACAGUGGAUACCAUUGAUUCAUAUAUGAACAGACUGCACAGUAUUAUUUUAGCUAAUCCACAAGACAAUGAAAACUUCAUAGCUACAGUUCGAGAAGUUGUGAACAGGCUUGAUCGUUAGGGAAUGGUCUUAUUGCUCCAAGGUGUUCUGUACAAAUUGGUUUUACUUGUGAGGAAUGAGAAGCCAUCGAUGGAAGUUUGAAAUGAAUGGGGGCAGGGAGACAGUACAGAUCACUCGUUGGGUAGGAAUUAUGCUCAGUUAAAAGCCAUAUGAGGGAGCAGCAAAAGGAAUAUGUAUAUGAGCUUCCUAUGGAAUCGUCCUUGUGUGAAGCUUUGAAAGUGUGCAAAUCACUCUCCCAGGUCUUCAUUUUCAUUUCUGUUAAAGUGGAUCUGCAUAUAUUCUGCUGACUAGGUGACCCUGAAACUGACAUCUGCAGCAGAAAAGAAGACUUCCCAUUGUUGUAAUUCAGAUUGGACUCUUUUAUCAGUGGAGCUCCAGUUUUCUUACCUAAUUGUGUUUUUUGCUGUUGUUGUUUGUUUUGGGGGAGGGGGGUUUAAUGCCUUUGGGGUUAUUUUGUGCUUCCCUUGACCCCCACCAAGUUAUACAUCUCUGCUCAGCAGGGUUCUGAAGGAGAAUUUCUCUCAUUGGACAGGCCCAGUCUUCUCCCAUCAUUGCCCUGCUGUGACUCCAAAAAAAAAGGAGCUUCUUGUUGACUGUGCCCUGUGGAGCAAGGCUGUGUUUCCUACCCCACACAUGCUCACUGGGUGCCAGCCCUCAUUGAAGCUUUGUGAUUGCUGCCCUGAAGGAGAAUGCUCUUUCCUUCCUUCUUGGUACUGCCUGCUGUUUUAUAAGCAUUGUUCCUACACAUACAUGUGGCCCCAGUCCCAGCAAGGCUCUUCUGUUUCCCAUCUGUUGGCAAUGUCUUGUGAAGCAUUUUUGCUGAGGAAACAGGGGAGAAAGAGAAAGAGUAAACUCUCAUUUGGUAUUGAAGAAAUCCCAAAGUUCAUCAUAAGCGAAAACUUGGGGAAUCCUAGUCUUCUUGUACUGACAGAUUUUGGUAGGUGGAAACACUCAAAAAAUCUCCAGCUGACAAGAAUUUUCAUGUCCUUUGUCUUCCUUCUGGAGCCUUUAACUGCUAAAUCUGUGUGAAAAUGACAGGCUUCCCUUCCCUCUCCCUCCUUAGCAAGCGACUUUUUAAAAACAGGAAAAGGUAAAAAGGAUUUCUGACUCUCACCUCAGGGUCAUUUUCUUUAAUGCUCUAGAGCACACGGUUGCAGCUGAGAUCUUUGGAACCAAAGCAGAGUAUGUUGAGCCCACUGUCUAGGCAUCAUGCCAGCCACCAAAGACAAAUGGAUGGAAGUGUGGCCUCUUUCACAGUAUGCCCUUGAAUCAAAGUGGAAGGCCAAAAACUCCCUGUCAUGUUACUACACCAUCUUGUCUUCUCAUUAUCUCCUUAUGUGUUUUCUUUAUUAGAUCACAGGAAAACAAUAACAAAACUUUUUUUUAAAAAUACCGUAUGCAAACACACAGCAUAUUUCCACCUAAGCCUGUAAACUACCACUUGGCAACUUUUCCUAAAAUAAGAAUCCGUCAUUAUCUGUUGCUAUAAAUCUAGCCAAAUUGUCUGCUUUUCUCUAUUUUCUUGUUUUCCUUCUCUCUCCUGCUGUUCUCUUGCCACUUCUCUCAGACCUCCUUUCCUGUUAAGUCCAAACUAGAACUCACUGUCUGGCAGGACAUCCAAACCUGCUCUGGAAGUUUAUGUCUUCCUCCUGCCAGAUGCUCUCACACCUUUUCUCUUUGUUCCUCAUGAUUUUCUCUCUGUUUUCCCUGUUUGUUCAUUUUUGAGCAGCUUCAUUAGCAGUACUGUGUGACCAGAGAGGCUGUAACUUGAUAAUCAUUCUUCUCACUCUAGAUAGAAGACCUAACUUUGACUUAAAACCUGUGCGUGUUCAGGAGUACGCAAAAGAUUUCAAGAGACCUACAAUCUGAAAUUAUUUUCACAGUAAAAGCAGCCUGCUUUUUGAAAUGCUGGCUCCUCCCAGUAGCUCCCCAUAAUUUACUGGUGGCUGGGAUUCAGCUGCCACAAAACUGUCAAGUUCUAUAGAUCAGAUCUGUGUGUCCCUCCUCUCUUCUCUGUGCAAAUGAGGUGGCAGAAGAGGUUAUAGACUAGUGUGAUACCUAAUUCAUGUUUCCCAACAAAUUUUUAGAUAUUAUUGUUCUCAUUAAGAAGCUUGAUUUUUGCACUUAAUGUUCUUUUCAAGAAAUAAUUUGUUGCCUAUUCAGUGUUACAGAUUUUUUUUUAAUAUUAUUUUUAAAACACACAAGGAGCAACUAAGGAAAGGGAGACAAAGUGUUUUAUUUCUGACAAAGUUAAAUUUUAGAAAAAAAAAUUGUAUUACAUGUGUUUGGAACUGUUGAAAUGCCAAGUUUUCUGUACAAGUGUUUUUGUAAUUAAACUUUUACAGUUUCUUUGUUUUGUAAGAAGUCAAUAUGCUUGCUUGACAUUUGCCUCAUUAAAACUUUUCUAUGUCAAAUCCA